GGACACCCUGAAAGAAGAAGACACAUCACCGUCAUCUUCCUCCCAAGUCAGUAUUAACACAGCUACAGCAACAUUUGCUGCCACCACAGACGAGCACAUCAUCACCAGCAGCACCAAGUCAUGCGGUGACAGAACACCAUCUUCCUCUCCGCCCUUAUCGACGGUCAAACACAAGCAGAUUGUGGACAGUCCGCCAGACGAUGUCCGAGCUUUCUUUGGACAUCCGUUAACCAGAGCCUCUAAUGCUCUCAAUGGCGAUGACGCAGACAACAAUGCUGACUCUGAAGCCUUACUUCAUGAAUACAUCAGUUUGUCAACGGCUGAAAGUGAGGAGCUGAAAACCACAGAGAAACUUCCAGCUUUUCUAGAGAUUAUCAAGUUAGUAUCGCUUGUUCAUUUCUCUGUCAAUGUUGUGCUACCAUAA